UUUUUUUUUUUGACAAGUCAAAAAGAGUUCUACUUCAUUGUUUUCUCUCUCCUCCCGAAAUUCCAAACAGGAGCCUUUCUCUUAUUUUCUCUCUCCUCCAACCAACAAAUUUGGUCCGGUCAACAGAAGUCAAAAUCAACAACAAUCCAUCUGAUCUUGAUCAAAAUCCCCAAACCAUGUAAAAACUCCCCUCCCUUAAACCCCCAUAUUCAUCAACCUCUUCAACCACCACGAUGAUUCCUCGACCCACUCGGUUCCUCAAAUUAUUCAUCGUCUUUCUAGGGUUGGGGUUUGGCGUGGGCUACGGGGAAGCCCUGAAGGUGCCGUUCAGGGUUAAGGACGUGCUUCCGGUCCUCCCGCGCCAGAUAUCGUGGCCCGUGCUCAACAGUUUCCACAGCCCCGUUGACUUGUUGCCGUCGUACGUCGGAUCGGUCUCUCCUGCCAACGGGUCUGUUGGGUGGAAAGGCGCUUGCUUUUCCGGUAACGAAGCUCGGCUCGAGUUCACGCAGGGUGACGAUCGGGGGUUGGGAGGCGGCGUCCUUUACCUCAAGACUUCUGAAGCUCACAGCUGGACCUGUAUGGAUCUAUAUGUUUUUGCGACCCCCUACAGGGUUACCUGGGAUUUUUAUUUCUCUGCCCGGGAGCACACUCUGAAAUUUGAAUCUUGGGAGGAACCAGCAGAGCUGGAAUACGUAAAGCAACAUGGAAUCUCAGUGUUUCUUAUGCCAUCGGGAAUGCUGGGGACCUUCCUUUCCUUAGUAGAUGUUCUGCCAUUGUUUUCUAAUACUGGUUGGGGUCAGAAUGCUAAUCUAGAAUUUUUGAAGAAACGCAUGGGUGCAAACUUUGAUAAACGUUCUCAGCCUUCACGUGCAACUAUCAAUCCGGAUGAUGUUCAUUCUGGUGAUUUUUUAGCAGUAUCAAAGAUCCGUGGUAGGUGGGGUGGAUUUGAAACACUAGAGAAAUGGGUAACAGGUGCAUUUGCUGGUCACACAGCAGUUUGUUUGAAGGAUGAACUUGGAAAUCUUUGGGUUGGUGAAUCGGGACAUGAGAAUGAAAAGGGUGAAGAAAUUAUCGUGGUAAUUCCAUGGGAUGAAUGGUGGGAAUUGGCUCUUAAGGAUAGUUCCAAUCCACAAAUAGCGCUGCUGCCCUUGCAUCCAGAAGUGCGUGCUAAAUUCAAUUCUACUGCAGCAUGGGAAUAUGCUCGGAGCAUGUCAGGGAAGCCAUAUGGUUACCAUAAUAUGAUAUUUAGCUGGAUUGACACAAUUGCUGACAAUUAUCCACCUCCUAUUGAUGCUCACUUGGUCACUUCUGUCAUGUCUAUGUGGACUAGAGUGCAGCCAGCAUAUGCUGCAAAUAUGUGGAAUGAAGCUCUCAAUAAGCGGCUUGGAACUGAGGAUUUGGACUUGUAUGGAAUUCUAGCUGAGACUGAAAGGCGUGGUUGGACCUUUGAUCAAUUACUUACUAUUCCGGAACAAGAUGAGUGGGUCUACAGUGAUGGGAAAUCGACGACAUGCGUGGCCUUUAUUCUGGAAAUGUACAAAGAGGCGGGUGUCUUUCAUCCUAUUCACGAGUCCAUUCAAGUUACUGAGUUCACCAUUCGGGAUGCAUAUAUGCUGAAGAUUUUUGAGAAUAACCGAACACGCCUACCUAGUUGGUGCAACAAUGAGAUUGAUCAGCUACCGUUCUGCCAGAUUCUUGGCGAUUAUCAAAUGGAAUUGCCACAAUACAACAUCUUAGAGCCGUAUGCUAACAUGAACGAAAAUUGCCCCUCUCUACCGCCAUCUUACGAGAGGCCUGUACGUUGUUAGAGAAAACCUGAACUGAAGCUACACGUUAGUGUCCUAAAGUUCUCAAAGAGCUUUUUGCUGCUGCCAUAGCUCUUGAUACAUCAUCGGCUCUGUUACAUCAUCUUUAUUGGAGAUGUGUAAGCAAUUUGUUCUCUUCCUCGGAUUCCAGUUGAAAUAUAAGUGUCUGUCCAUAAGUUGGUAUUAUAUGUGUCUAUAUUUCCAAUUAUAAGUGUCUAUAUUUCCUACCUAGGCCUUUUGUUGUGCUCCUGAUGCAGCCUGAGCGCUGAUUGUGAAUAGAAUCAACAGACUUAGCGUCUGAUGACUUCCUACGCUUCAUAUCCUCUUGAAGUCUACGUUGUAUUAUUUACCAAUCUGGAUAUUUGUCUUAUGGAUUUACUGGCUUUUAAUCACCAAAUUGGAAAUGUUUAUGUACGCCAAGGGGUAUUUGUAUUG